AUGAUCCUCAGCGGCCGCCAGAUACUCGCCCGCCACAUCGUGCAAAACCUCCUUCACCAAACCCACCAACAACAACCCUGCGGCAUCGACCUUACCCUCCGCCAAAUCUCCGCAUGGAGCUCCCCGGCAACCAUAGACUUUGACAAUACGCACCGAAUUGCCGCAACCACAUCCCUCAUCCCAUUCCCUCCGGACAGCAAUGACAAAAUCAAGCUGGAGCCGGGCACGUAUCUAAUCGACUUCAAUGAAACAGUCCGCAUUCCUACCAAUUGUAUGGGCACUGUCUUUCCGCGCUCGUCGUUGUGGAGGUCUGGUGUGAGUGUUGUCGCUGGCGUGGUUGAUGCAGGCUACGAAGGCGCGAUGGGCGCGAUGAUGCAGGUGCUGAAUCCGUGUGGUGUGGUAUUGCAUCGAAAUGCGAAGGUGGCGCAGAUUGUGCUCGAGGAGAUGGCCGAAACGGUGGAGGGCUAUAAGGGGGUUUAUCAGAUGGCAAGGGAUAGUGUGGGACGGGAUGGUGUAUAG